AUGGCGCAAAGUUAUGCGGAAUUAUUGGAAGUAAUUUUAGCAAAAGGGUAUGGUCUUACUAAGUUUUUUGGGAAAAUUAAUUUUCCGUUUUCAGAAAAACAACAGGCAGAAAAGAUUUUAUCCGAAGCUUUAAAAAUUAUUGUAACUGAGGGUGGUGAACAAGCCUCAAAAGCUUUUUACAUACUUGACAAAUUUGAUGCACACAUCAAUUCCAACGAUGUUAAAAGCUUUUGGGAAGAUGUCCGAUUACAAAAUGAACAAGUUAAAACUCGUAGUAAUCAAUUGAUAUUAACUGAAAAAAAGAAACAACAAUUUAUACAAGUCGAAUCUAACAUAGUUGAACAACAUUUCAUUGCAAGCGAUAAGCUGUUAUCUGAGCAUAUGGAAUAUAUAUCCACAGCUGAGGACUCUAAUCAGGAAGAUGUCAAGAACGAUUAUGGUAAACAAGAUGAUAAUGCCAAUAAUAAAGAAGUUGUGGAAGAAAUGCAGAAUACAGACUAUGAGAAUUUUACGGAAAGGUACCAAAACAUGGAUAAUGAUAGGAAAUGGAAAUUAACUACUGGUAAGAUAGUUGAAGACAGCCUUUAUGAAUUUGGAAUGAGGUGUAAGUACGAACAUCUCUGCCAUUCAUUCAUUGUUGAUCCUAAUGAUUAUAACUACAUUGUUGAGAGUGUUUUCACCUUGGAGGAACUGAAUGAAAUCAAGGAAUAUAAAUAUAAGAAACUCCCAAAUAUGCCGACAGAUUUGUUGAGAUAUUUAAACAGUUUUCGUAAAUAUAAUACUCGAGAUCUUAGAAAAGCUGUGUUUGAAACUCAAAGUUGGAAUAUGCCCUUUAAUCGUGAUACUCAUUUUGAUUUUGACUGGGUCCGAAAUUCUAUCUAUAACCUAGGAGAGUCAUGUAGUGUUGCCUCGUCAGCAAGAAAAAAUAUGAAUCGAAUGGUAUCUGCAAUUGUAUCAAUAAAACGAAAGGUUAUGGGAAGACGUGCUGAUUUUCUUAUCCGAUAUAUCUCAACUGAAUAUGCAUGCUCUGAAGUAGGAAAGAUAUUUGAUGGUGAGAAUGGGACUAAACUUCUGAAAGAGAGAGGUAAAAAAACACCAAAAAUGAUGAAAGACAUCUUUGAUAAUCUUUGCAUGGCUGUGGGUAUGAAAGAAGAAAAGAUAAGAAAACUCCAAUCAGUAGGAUUUGUACAUGCUAAUCUAAUGGUAGUAUUGCUCAGAAUGGAUUCUCCAGAAGGAUUUGUUUGCCGGGUGAAUCGAACAAGAAUGAUUGGCAUUCCUGCCAAAGUUGAAGAAUUUGGCUCCAAAGCAAUCCAUGUCAUUAUGUUAGCCUGGAAGGCAAAAAUGGUUGUAAGAAAUAUGAUUGAUCUUGUGGAGCAAAAUGAUGCAAUAGAAUUGAAUGAAGAAGAAGAACUCGAAGAGUUGCAAAACUGUUGUGAAUCUCCCCAACAUCGACUACAGUUACCGAUAGAUAGUAAAACACCACCUUCUCCAAAGCGGGAUACAAUGUAUUUACCACAUUGCUCUAAAACUCCUCAAAAGAGGAUUAAAAUUACUAAUGCGAAG